AAUUCACUUACCUCAAUCAUUUGUUGCGCUUUGUGUACAAGGCUAUAUUUGUGUACAAAAUUGUAAAGAUGUCUAAGUUACGGUUACUAAGAAUGAUGAAUAUCAUAGAGUAAAUAGAUUAUUUAUAUAUAAAAAAAAAAAAAAUAAGACAAAUUAUUUGCUUAAUUGCCCCUCAACAAUAUAUGCCAAAGUUUGUACACAUAUUUCAUAUUUUCAAUUCAAUAUGCAUUAUGCCAAUCAAUCUAUAACAUACUAGUAUAGUACUAAAACAGAUACCAGGAAUGACACGUGUCACUUUCUGGUACUGUUUUUUCCCUUCAAAAUUGUUUUCACUUUUUUUUUUGGCCGAUGAUAUCAAUUGAUAUCAAUUACUUAGGGACCCUUUGGUUUGUACAUGGUAAACGGAAUAGAAUGAAUAAAGAGAAUGAAAGAGAAUAUAGAAUGAAACCCUUUCUAUGUACUAUGUUGUUUGUUUUACAAAAACAAAGAGAAUCACCACCACCACCACACAACCCCUCUUUCCCACUUCUCCAGCCACGACCUCCCCACCCCUCACCGCCCGUCGUCGAACCUCCCCUACCCCUCGCUACCCCGGAAAACCUUCCCCCGCACACGCAAAACCCUAGAAAACGAUCCUCCUCCUCUUAAAACCGCCAAUCGUCCCUUCUAUUUGUUUCUCAUUGCAUGUCAUGCACUUAUAAUAAAAAAAAUUAGUUAUCUUCAAGAUUUGAACAUUCAACCUCUAAUUCCAAAAUUAAAUGUCUACCACCAAAUUAUGUGACAUUUUAUGUUAUUUUUAGAAUACAAAAUAUUAAUAUCCAGCGAAUGACAAUAUGAAUAAAAAUUUUAAUUACUAGAAAAUUGGGUCAUAAAUUAAAAAGUAUAUUAAUGAUUAAUCCCGUAAUGUGAACCGGGACAUCACAGAGGCCUAAAUAAUAGAUUAAAAGUAAAUCUCGUCUAUAGUCUAAUGGCCCGAACCCGACCCCCUCCCAAAAAAAAACACUAACAACUUGGCAUGAAGGAUCACUAACUAAACAUUACUCCGUAAUCCACAUCAAACAAUUUGGAGGAUGCGAAAAAAUGGAGCUCCAAAACCCUAACAAUGGCGGAGGAGAAACUAAACCCAAAUUAGUGGUGAUUAUGGGUCCAACCGGGUCCGGAAAAUCAAAAUUAGGCAUUGAUUUAGCAACCCAUUUCCCGGUUGAGAUCAUCAACGCUGAUUCCAUGCAAGUCUACCAUAGCUUGGAUGUUCUCACCAACAAACUCACUCUUUCUGAGCAGAAAGGAGUGCCGCACCAUCUUCUGGGAACAAUCAGCCCUAAUGUGGAAUUCACUGCAAAAGAUUUCCGAGAUGCUGCUAUUCCUAUCAUCAAGGAUAUUUUAUCUCGCAAUCAUUUGCCCGUUAUAGUUGGCGGUACUAAUUUCUAUAUACAGGCUCUUGUGAGUUCUUUCCUGCUUGAUGAUUCUGUUGAAGAAAUAAGUGAUUCAUGUAUAAGGGAGAAUUCAGAUGUUGCUAAUCUGCAAAAAUGUGAACUUUUUGAGCAAGGCAGUUGUGAUUACAGUUAUGACCGCCUUAGAGACCUGGAUCCUGUGGCAGCGAACAGAAUACAUCCAAAUGACCAUAGAAAAAUUAGGCAAUAUUUAGAGUUGUUCACUCGUUCUGAAAUCCUCCCUAGCCAACUCUUUCAGGGAGAAAUGACAGAGAAAUGGGGUCGUCUUGGUUGUAAUUCAAGAUGGAAUUGCUGUUUUGUUUGUGUUGACGCAUCUCUUUCUGUACUAGACCGAUUUGUGGACCAGAGAGUUGAUCGGAUGAUUGGAGCUGGUUUGCUUAAUGAAGUUUAUGACAUUUACAACCUGAAUACAGAUUAUACACGAGGUCUGCGACAGGCUAUUGGAGUAAGGGAAUUUGAGGAUUUUCUUUGUGCUAAAAUUUCUGAAGUGAGGAAGGAGCGGAACAAUUCUUUCCAAGAUACAGCUUCACUGAAUAAUACUGAUAUAUCUCUCAGACAAGAUUUGAAGGAAGUUUCAAGUUCCUCUUCUGAUACCCCAGAUAGGCGCCUAUUGGAAAAAGCUAUUUCCAAACUAAAACAAAACACCAGACGACUUGUUCGUUGGCAAAAGAGGAGGAUAAAUCGAUUGCAGACAUUAUUUGGAUGGAACAUACAUUUUGUAGAUUCUACUGAGUCUUUACUUGGAAAUUCAGAGGAUACAUGGAUUUGCCAAGUGAUUGAACCAGCUGCAAAAGUAAUAAGCUCUUUCCUCAAUUCUGAUGUGACCUCAGCUUCAGAUGAUACUGACCACUUGGUCCAAAAACUCAAUGAGAGAGAUCUAUGGACUCAGUACACGUGCAAGGCAUGUGACAAGAUCCUUCGUGGUGCACAUGAGUGGGAACAACAUAAUCAAGGGCGUGGACAUAGGAAACGGAUGGCAAAUCUAAAGAAGCGUCAAGGUUCUUUCUUUACCGUCUCUUUACAGCUUCCGGGGGGUGACUGCGUAAGUUCAGAUGCAUCACAAGUGUAAUGACGCUAAACAUCAUACUUUGCUGUCUUUCUUAAAUCUUUAUUUUGGAGAUUGGGGUGUGGUCCGUGUGGAAAGGAGCUGUUUGGGAGAGGUGGUCUUUGAUGUUUUCUAAGUUAAUGUGUGAUGCUUACAUGAAUCCCUAGUUCUUCCUGUGUAUUAUAGAGUGCUGAAUACAUCAGGAGGGAGUAGUCGUUUAUGUAUUGCUGUUGCUCAUGUUAUUGUAUGUUACAUAUGCACUAAUUACACAUUUACACCUAUUUUUGCAUAAGACUGAUACAUUGAUAUUACAAAUUUUGGGGUUUAACUUACAUGUUGCACUACAAGUUCAUAUGAGUAUGAGAUUAAUGG